GCGAGGCGCUCUAGGCCGAGGGGUGUCGUCUCUAUGACCGCGGGAGGCGGUCCCCGGUGUCCGGCGCAGGGCGCGCGGAGGGGGCGCGCGUCAGUUCCGCGCGGGGCUGUCGGGGGACGAUGGCCGUCCCAAGAGAAAAUGUCAGUUUAUUAUUCAAGUUAUACUGCUUGACAGUGAUGACCCUGGUGGCUGCAGCUUAUACCAUAGCUUUAAGAUACACAAGGACAUCAGACAAAGAACUCUACUUUUCAACCACAGCCGUGUGUAUCACAGAAGUUAUAAAGUUAUUGCUAAGUGUGGGAAUUUUAGCUAAAGAAACAGCCAGUCUGGGUAGAUUCAAGGCGUCUUUGAUAGAAAAUGUCUUGGGGAGCCCCAAGGAACUGAUGAAGUUAAGUGUGCCGUCGUUAGUGUAUGCCGUUCAGAACAACAUGGCUUUCCUAGCUCUCAGCAAUCUGGAUGCAGCAGUGUACCAGGUGACCUACCAAUUGAAGAUUCCCUGUACUGCUUUAUGUACUGUUUUAAUGUUAAACCGGACACUCAGCAAAUUACAGUGGAUUUCGGUUUUUAUGCUGUGUGGUGGAGUCAUACUUGUACAGUGGAAACCAGCCCAAGCUACAAAAGUUGUGGUGGAACAGAACCCACUGUUAGGGUUUGGCGCUAUAGCUAUUGCUGUAUUAUGCUCAGGAUUUGCAGGAGUAUAUUUUGAAAAAGUUUUAAAGAGUUCAGACACUUCCCUUUGGGUGAGAAACAUUCAAAUGUAUCUAUCAGGGAUUGUUGUGACAUUAGCUGGCGUCUACUUGUCAGAUGGAGCUGAAGUUAAAGAAAAAGGAUUUUUCUAUGGUUACACAUAUUAUGUCUGGUUUGUCAUCUUUCUUGCGAGUGUUGGAGGCCUCUACACCUCUAUUGUGGUCAAGUACACAGACAACAUCAUGAAGGGCUUUUCCGCAGCAGCAGCCAUCGUCCUUUCUACCAUUGCUUCAGUGAUGCUGUUUGGAUUACAGAUAACACUCACCUUUGCUCUGGGUGCUCUUCUCGUCUGUGUUUCUAUAUAUUUCUAUGGAUUACCCCGACAAGACACUACGUCCAUCCAACAAGGAGAAACAACUUCAAAAGAGAGAGUCGGUGUAUGAUUUCAGCCUCAAAAGAGAUUCCUACUAAGACUACACUAUUUGCAUUAAACUAGAGCCUUAAGUCAAUCCCAGAAGGUAGCUUAAACAAACAAAAGCAACAAAUUAACUGAGUGGCAUAAGAAUUAAGAAGAAAGCUAUCUGAGUGAAUUGCUACAAAGAUUUAACAUGACCUGUUUGGGGUCAACCCGUUUUGUUUUUAAAUGAAGGAAUUAUAUUAUUGUAUAUAUAAUGUACAUACAAAGUAUGGAGAGGAUAUGGUGUUAAUAAAACUCAUGUGAAGCUACAAUAUUCAAAGUCACAAAGUUUGGGACAAUGUUAAGGGUUAAAGUGCCAAAGCCAUUUCUGUAUUAACUGUUCUCUUGUUCAGGUACCGGGGAGAAGGAUGACCCCUCCUUGUUCUCCAGCUCACAUAUAGUAUUUUGUCGCAGCAUCAGUAAAGACCUAGCUCUUUUCUUACAAAAGAGAGCAAAAACAAGACAGGCUAGUUCAGAAACAAACUGAAUGUGUGACUUCUCAAACUGAAUCUAUUUCGUAACUCAGACAGUGAUUUCUGGGUGUGACUGAGUACUCCUUUCAGUGCUGUAUUUGUGCCAUUCAUUGUCUGGAUUCAUAUUUCUUUGCUGUUAGAUGAUAUACUUUUCUUCAAAAAAUAUUUCUAAUGUCACUUUUGUACUUUUUUUUAUAAAGUAUGUUUAACUGUUGGGCUCUCAAUAAUUUGUGAAAUUUCAGUGUUUUUAAAAAAAUUUCUAUAGAAUGUUAAUAGGGAAAUUCAGCAAUAAACUUAAUUU